AUGGCGCACAAACUCUCACUACAUUUCAAUCACACUUCUCUCCUUCAAAACCGCAUACUCUUUUCACACUCUAAACGCCACUCACCUCUUCAUUUCAUCGUACCUUCCCUUCUCAACAACACCACUCUCCAUUCAACUAACCAAUGCAUUAUAACUUCAAACCACCGUCACUCAGGAUUCAUACCAGCUCGCGUAGUUCAAAAUCUCAACGUCAUAGAUGAAUAUGAAGACACCGAACAAAUCAGCGAGGGUUUUGACGUGGAGAGAGAUAAAGAAGAAGUGAAUGAACUGGUUGAGCAGAGUAUAUGGAUUCAGAUGAAGGAAAUUGUUUUGUUUACUGGACCUGCUAUUGGACUUUGGUUGUGUGGUCCUUUCAUGAGUCUCAUUGAUACUGCAGUUGUUGGCCAAGGAAGUUCAAUUGAACUAGCUGCUUUAGGUCCUGCUACUGUUUUUUGCGAUUAUUUGGGCUACUCUUUCAUGUUUUUGUCGAUUGCUACUUCAAAUAUGGUUGCUACUGCACUUGCUAAACAGGACAGGGCGGAAGUGCAGCAUCACAUAUCUGUCUUGCUUUUUAUUGGGUUAGCAUGUGGCUUGGCGAUGCUUUUGUUCACAAGGCUAUUUGGUGCACCAACGCUCGUAGCUUUUACUGGAGUGAAGAAUGUACAUUUAGUACCUGCAGCUAAUACUUAUGUCCAGGUUUUUUUUCUUCUGAUUACUAUACUUCAAUUAAAUUAA